AUGCACCAUGUGCUUCGCAAACUGUACCCAACAUAUUUUCAGCACUUCAGCUUGCCAGAGGAAACGCAGGAUCAGAAACCGUUAGAAGCAUGUGCCGCAUACAGUAGCUAUUUGAACACCCACACGAAGAACCACCGCCAAGAGAUUCUUGCAGCUGGUAAGAGCAGGCUGCUGUUGCAAUUGCACGAGCAGGAGGCUGCAUUUGAGAACGACUUGCGAUGGGUGAAGAAAGUCUUGGGCGCCUAUGAUUUUCACAGGCGAUGCGCUGAUCGACAGAAUGGUAAUUUGGAACGAGGCAUCGGUGCACUGCAGCAGCCACAAAUUUUGCUGUGGCUGGACUGGAAACAGAAUGUGACGCUUCCUAUCCAACAUGUUGCUACUGGGGAUUCCUUUUGGGCGCAAGCAAGGGCUGAAUGCUCCGUUCUCGGAGUUGUGCUGUUCCUUCCACACCUUGACGGCAGUCUGGUGAAGAGAGGUGUGGUGCUUGUCAGUGAGUGCAUAGAGCAUACAGCCAUAGCUGCUGGUGUUCAAUCCAACAUUGUGCGAGAGAUGCUCGGUAACAAGGCCCAAGGUUCUCACUUGAAAGUGUGGGCAGACUGCGGUCCACACUACAGAAACGCUGACUUUAUCAGCUAUUUUGGUUUCGAGUGGGUGCUCAAGCUUGAUUGCCGUGUCGCACUGUCUUACUUUACAGAGAAGCAUGGCAAGGGUGCUGUCGACAGCUUGUUCUCAACAGUGAACCAAUGGUGUGGACGAUUUGCUAGGAAAGAAGGCACAAGCAUUGAAUCAGUGCCAGACUUUGUUUCUGCAAUGCAGGAGGAGGCCCGCUUGGAUCAAGCAAAAGACCCCAAGGGCUUGCAGUACACCAUUGUGCACUGGAAAGCACCUUCCAAGCCUGUACAGGCAUGGCGCGGUGUGGCCCCAAAGGGGUUCUACAUCACCAGGACAUAUUGCUUGGAAGGCUCAGCUUACUGA